AUGUUCACACCUACAGCGCGUUCAAGAACGCAGCUUGAUGCGACAACAUACCUCGAGAUUUCAUAUGAGAUCAGCAUUACCUGUUCCUGUGAUCUACUCUAUUUGUGUUUCUUCUUUUCUUCUUCUUCUUCUUCUUCACUUCCUUUCUUUUUUUUACAGUUGACGGUGGUGCUGGCCCUAACGGCCGUAGUUUUCGCCGGGGGCUACGGUGGCUACGGACACCAUGGUGGUUCCAGUAAGACCUACAGGAAGCAAAACGACCACGGCCACUACAGCUUCGGCUACGACAUUGUCAACGGGUACGGCGCGGUGAACGGCCGCCACGAGACCGGCUCUGCAUAUGGCCCCGUGCACGGUUCCUACUACCUGGGAGACGUCGACGGCCGCCACCGGCAGGUGCACUACGUGGCCGACAAGCUCGGCUUCCGCGUCGUCGUCAAGACCAACGAGCCUGGCACCAAGAGCAGCUUGCCGGCGGCCGCUCCUUACCACUCGGCGCACGGCAAGGCGGUGCCUGCCUACGGACACGGCGGUUACGGAGGAUACGGUGGAUAUGGCCGCGGAUACGGUGGAUACGGCGGACACGGCGGAUAUGGCGGAUAUGGCGGAUACGGUGGUUACGGUGGUUACGGUGGCUAUGGCGGCCACGGCUUCUACGGAUAGAUCAUCAUCGCUCCUUCAAUAUUUCAAUGUUUUCUCAAGUUGCUGUGAGCUGUCCCGUCCGCGUUCCCUACCUGCUUCUGAGUUCCAUCCUUCUUCUUUCUUCCUUCGAGCUGCUCUUUGACGAAGCAACGACAAGUAAUCUUCAAGGCGGAGAAAGGAAGACAUCCAAUGUGCUCGCCCAUGUCAUAACGACAAUGGACCUUAGGAACACCUCCUUUUGUUUGCUGCUGUUACCUACUUUGUGUUUUCUGUGAUAUCGUGGAAUUGAAAUGUUCCUGCCUGCGCUUGAUGUGUGAAACGUGUAAAUACAUUUACA